UCCAAACACACCGAAAGCAAACCUCUUUUCAUUUUCCUUAAAGAGUGAAAAAGAAAAACACAAACAUAGAGAAGUGAGAGAUCUAAGAUCACCACCACCAGUUUCUUCGAAGAAACAAAAAGAACAUAACAAUGGCAGGGUACAGAGCUGAGGACGACUACGACUACCUGUUCAAAGUGGUCCUGAUCGGCGACUCCGGCGUCGGCAAGUCCAACUUGCUCUCCCGAUUCACCCGCAACGAGUUCAGCCUCGAGUCCAAGUCCACCAUUGGCGUCGAGUUCGCCACUCGCAGCUUGAACGUCGACUCCAAAGUCAUCAAGGCCCAGAUUUGGGACACUGCCGGCCAAGAAAGGUAUAGAGCAAUAACUAGUGCCUAUUAUCGAGGGGCUGUAGGCGCACUGCUUGUAUAUGAUGUUACUCGGAAUUCAACAUUUCAAAGUGUGGAAAGAUGGUUAAAGGAAUUAAGAGAUCAUACUGAUCCCAACAUUGUUGUCAUGCUGGUUGGUAACAAAUCAGACUUACGUCACCUUGUGGCAGUCUCAACUGAGGAUGGAAAAUCCUUUGCCGAAAGAGAGUCCCUCUACUUCAUGGAAACUUCUGCACUCGAAGCAACUAAUGUGGACAAUGCAUUUGCUGAAGUCCUUACCCAGAUCUUUCACAUAGUGAGCAAGAAGUCCAUGGAGGCUAACAAUGAUGCAGCUGCUGUUCCAUCCCAAGGAGAAAAAAUCGAUGUCAGUGAUGUUUCAGCCGUAAAGAAAGGUGGGUGUUGUUCGAGCUAGAUAUUGAAUCUGUAUCAGAUAUGUCUGGUUUGUGUUGCUACAUCUGUUUCUUUGUAUACCAGGGUGUUGUGUAAAAUUUUUCAUCCAAAGACAUUAGGUGCUGAGCGGGGUUCCGUUUCUUUCUUCCAGUGUCGUUAUCAUUCAUUACUCGAGACAGAUUAUGUUUAGCUGUUGGAAGAAGAGCUUCUGUAGGAACUUUUACAUGAUUUUACUCUCUAGUCUCUACAUAGAUGUUGAAUGGGGCAAUUUGCACCAAAAUUCUGUAUUUUGAAAUUGUUUAUCAGUCCCAUUAAUUUAAAUCUUUUAUUCAACUC